AUGAAAACCAUUGUCUUCCUCGGUUUCUUGGCGGUUGCCCUUGCCGCUCCCCAAGCUCCCACUGAACCCAUCCCCAUUCUGAAGCAAGAGAGCGAGAUCAACCCCGAUGGCUCUUACCAAUGGUCGUACGAAACCGGCAACGGUAUUGCUGCUGACGAGAAAGGAGCCCUGAAGAACAUCGGUGCUGAAGAGCCUGCCCUGCAGGUCGAGGGCCAGUUCUCCUACCCCAGCGAAGACGGUGGCAACAUCCAGCUCACAUACGUUGCCAACGAGAAUGGAUUCCAGCCCCAGGGUGCCCACCUCCCCACUCCCCACCCUAUCCCUGAGGCCAUCCAGCGCGCUCUGGCUUACCUCGCCACCGCCUCUCCCCAACCUGAAAACUAA